CCUCUUCGCCUUGCCUGUCGACUCGCUGCUCCUGUCAGAAUCUCGGUGACGGUUGGCCGGUUCUUUUACAGUGGCUCUGAAAUGAGAGAAAUUGGAGAAAUUCUCCCUGCUCAGGAAAAGGUAGAGGCAAGGACUGACUUAAAGAUGGGUAAGAAGAGUGCUAAUGAUCAUAAGCUAAAUGUGGACAAAGUAAUUAAAAAUAUUAACACAAUUUCUUUGGAGUUGAAGAAGAUAAAAGAGCUCUCCCAGUUACUGCUUUGUGACCUUAUCCUACAUUUUAAUCAUCCCAUCAAGACUGAGAACUUAACAGAAGCAGAAAGAAACAACCCCCUCUUUGAAGAGUCUAAAAUAUCAGAUAUAUCCCUUGUUUCUAACAGUUUUUCUGCUGGUUUCUUAUUUGUUACGAGUUUCUGUUUUUAUUGUUGA